GGAACCAGCAACGUGACCAUUUUACCGAGACAGGAUUUUACAUUGAUUUAUUUCGAAACACUCCCUUGGACAACUGACUACAUGUUCCACAAGUGAAAGAAGGGAGGAGGGCUUUUACAUAGCCUUUAAACUGGUUGAGCCAGAGCGGACCCGCACCUCCACUGCUUGGCAGGCGUGUGGAAGAUGAGUGGCGGCAUGGUGGCAGUGCCCAGCCCUCUGGCCCCGUGCUCAGUCUCGCCCAGGCUGGCAGUGCCCGUCGUGCUACUGCUGGCCACACUCACCAGGGCCCACGCGUCAGGAUGCCCCCGGCCCUCGGGCGUGCAGCACGGCUGGGUGAACCUGACGGAGACCAAUCGGGGCUCGGUCCCUGUGGGCACACUGCUGCAGUACAGCUGCUACCCGGGCUACAUGCUGGACGGGCCCAGCGUCAUCACGUGCGCCGCCUCGGGACACUGGUCCUACGAGCCUCCCCUCUGCAUACGCACAGACGCUUGUCGACCGCCCAGCAAGCCAGAGAACGGGGGUUACACCUGCCACCCCUCCCCCUGCCGUCAGUUUACCCAGGGCACGGCUAUCGAGUACUACUGCGACGAAGGGUACACGCUCAGGGGGGAGUACAAGUACCGCACCUGCCAGAAUGGCGAGUGGGACCUGGGCUUGCUGAUUAGCUGUCACCUGAUCCAAGACAACAUGGUGCAGGGAUGCCCCCGGCCCUCGGGCGUGCAGCACGGCUGGGUGAACCUGACGGAGACCAAUCGGGGCUCGGUCCCUGUGGGCAUGGUGCUGCAGUACAGCUGUGACCCGGGCUACAUGCUGGACGGGCCCAGCGUCAUCACGUGUGCCGCCUCGGGACACUGGUCCUACCAGCCUCCCCUCUGCAUACGCACAGACGAUUGCCAGCCGCCCAGCGAGCCAGAGAACGGUGGCUAUACCUGCCACCCGUCCCCUUGUCAUCGGCUGACCCAGGGCACCGUGAUCGAGUACUUCUGCGACGAGGGCUUCGCCCUGAAAGGAGAGUACAAUUACCGCACCUGCCAGAAUGGGGAGUGGGACUCGGCCAUGCAAGUCAGCUGCCACCAAAGUCAAGGGAAGGACGAGCACUCGCCGCUGGCCAUGCCGGCCCUGUCCAUCGUGGCGUCCACCGCCAGCUCCGUGGCCCUCAUCCUGCUGCUGGUGGUGCUGUUCGUGCUGCUGCAGCCCAAACUCAAGUCCCUGCACCACAGCCGACGUGAGCAGGGUGUGUCGGGCCAGCCGUCCUCCAUCGUAGUGGAGGGGGUGCAGGUGUCGCUGCCCUCCUACGAGGAGGCCGUGUAUGGCAGCAGCGGCGUGGCCACAGCCGCCUCCUCCUCCUCCUCCUCCUCCUCCUCCUCCUCCGCGCCCCAGGAGUCCCGCGUGCAAAUUGUGCUCUCCGAGGGCCCCCAAUCCGACGGCGGCUCCCAGGCCGACUGUCGCCUCCUCCCUUGCACCUCCUCGUCCUCGUCCUCCGCCAGUUCCUCGCGCUCCCUGCGUCACGCCGAGACAGUGCUGGUGCACCCGGCGCCCUCCUGCUCGUCCUCGUCCCCCUCGCCCUACUCGCCCCCCUCGCCCUGCUCCUGGGCCGCUGAGCAGCCUAGUUCGUCGGGCGCCAGCGCCGCUGCUGGCCCACUGCCCCAUGAUUCGGAGAGCAGCGACCAGCACAGUCUGCUCUCCCUCACCUCCUCCGAGGACUUUGCUGACGAUAUUCCUUUGUUGAAGGAAGCCUAAGGCCUAUUCGCAAACAACACCCCCUCACCCUGCUGAUGCCAACGAGGACUAUGGCCUCUGGAGCCUUCUUCUCCGAGCACCCCGGACCCCUGACCCUUCUCCUCUGACCCCCUUGGGCCAAGAUGAUGCUGGCCAGGGCCUGCUCUUCGCUCUAUCUAUACACUGCAAUGACCACCUUCCCAAAAAAGAAAAAAAAACUAUGAGGCCUGACAGCUGUAGGUUACAGCUGUCAUUCGCUCAACCAUUGCUGUCCCAGAACAAGACGUCCGCUCACACAAAUGACCACCGGCAAACAGCAUAGAAUUAUACACUUUAACAUAUGAGAUAUGUACAAAGGCAUACAUAGGAAAAAGUCACCCAAGGUUUUAUUUUUUUUAUUAUUUGUAUCAAGUAUUUUUCUUCUUCAGAAAUGCAACUUUUUACCAAUAGCUCUGUCGUUAAAGGCUUGCACCGGGCUGUAUGACAUGAAAUGUCAAAAAAUCAAACCUUUCAUAUUAGAACACUGCUUGUAUCAAGGAAACGAUGGAACGCUCAGCCCAUCUCAGUGUGGGUGUGAAGUUCUGAGGGAGAACGAGGAGAGAUGAUGGGAUGUUCUCUACCGAGUCACAAGCCUGGGCCCUGCCGUCAUUUCUGUGCGUUGCAUGCAGCUGUUAGUCUGCCUCACAGGAAAGCUUCAUCACUGGGGAGACGGUAAGGAAAAGAGAAGCAUGAACUUGGCACUCCAUUUCCCAAGAUGCACCACUGGCUACGUCUGCUUUAGUAACGUGGGAUCCUGUUAGUGUUGCGCCUGCAAGGAAUGAUUCUCACUCACUGCACCAAAAGAAAUGCUGGCCUUUUGAUUUUGGUUUGGACACACACACACACAAACGUAUAUGUGCUGUGCUACUUCUAUGGCAUGAUUAUGGUUUCUUUUAAUGGUGUUUAUUUUGGUGUGUUUUUCUAAAUGUGGAGAAAAAAUGUCUGUGUGCUUCUGAAUGCCAGUUUUUCUCUCACCAUUGUCACUGUUAUGGAAUGCCAUCAUUUCAUAUGGGUUCCGUGUGUGUGUGUGAGUUUUUCUCAUUAAGGCUGUGAUUAUCAGUCUGAAGUUGUGUCUCUGUAUGGGAUUAAACUGCAAUAUUUAUGAUCCUAUCAGAGAAAUUGGAUCGCUGUCUUAUCAGACUGACUGGAUGACUCCCCCCAUUCCCCUCCACCUACCCCAAGCUAGCAUGUUAUGACGUGGUCCCUCAUUUACACUGUUCAUCUGCGCUGGAUUUUAAAUGCUUAAGCAUUAUGCCAGGCAUUAUUAGUUGUAAGCGAAAUCAGCUUUUUCCCCUCCCUUAUCAACACCGGAUGAGGAAUUAAAAAACAACCUAUUGUGAUGUGCUUACCUACUAAUAGUAUAAAACAAGAUUUACUCAUAGUUAUGAUGGCAACUGAAAAGCUGUUCACUCUAAAACAAAAAAUAAUAAUAAUAAUGUCAACUGGAGCAAAACAAAACAAAAAAAGAGUGAUUGUCAUCAACGAUUACAAAGUUGCUUCGCCACUUUGGAUUGCUUUGGUUUCAGUCCAUAUGAACAGGCUGUUCCAAAGCCCCCUGGUUUUCUUUCCGACACAUGUAAAUUCCAAAUUGAUUGUAGAUGGCAGUGGUGGGUUCCAGGAAGCAUCUUCUGACCGGGACCUCAUGAUGGGAGCCAGUAUCAGAUGGGUGAAUCAGUUCAGGGUGGCUGCUUUGGAGGAGUGCUUGGUCUGUGCCCCUGAUGCUCGUGAGCAUAGCAGCACAGAUUAAUUUCUCAGACAUGGACAUACGUUUGACACUACUGCAGCACACUGCAGUAAAGAGUGGACUUUAUCAGUAUCUUACCCUUGUGUGUGUGUGUGUGUGUGUGUGUGUGUGUGUGUGUGUGUGUGUGUGUGUGUGUGUGUGUGUGUGUCAAGUCAAGUGUAAACUGGAGGGGACUGUCUUUCCAAGUUAAUGGAAUUGCCUUGUGAUGAAUUAACAGUUGUUGAUCAGCCACCCCGAGAAAACUUGGUUGUGUUUUUUUUUUUUGCUGUGAUUGCUGUUCCUUGUUUGGUGAAGGCAGAGGAAAAACCAUAGGAAACUUGGUAUUCAAACCCCUUAGCUUUUUUGUUUUUGUUUUUGCCUGUCAAUGGGUAUAUGAAGGCAAAAAUAGUGAUGUUGCCUUAAGAACAACAUUUUAUAAGUUACAAAAUUAUUUCUGAAUUUUCUUUUCCUGUCUGGUUUGCUUCAUGAUCUUGAGAACAGUCAUUGUCUCCCAAAUGGCCUUAUGUUAGUUUUCUAUGCAUAAACACUGUCAUUGUCACCCAAAUGGACGUAUGUUAGUUUUCUAACACUGUCCCAUGGGUAUUUCUGUUCUUUUUCUGUUUUCUGUCUUGUUUUUUUUUUUUGAGGGAGGGGAUGUUUGUUUCACUCUGCUUUCCAGGGACACGACUCAAGAAUGUCCACAUAUCUGUUUAUUGUCCACCCCAAACACUUUUCCAGUGACUGAUUUAAAAAAAAAAAAAUGAAACAAUGUCAGAGCACCUGAUUUAUAUAUUUUUUCUUUCCUUUGUUACAUUUCAGAGAUUGAAGAGAUCUCAUUUCUAGUCCUGAGUCACCGUUGUGCGGUGCUUGCCCUCUGGAACGGAACAAAACUAUUUUUCUCCCCAUUUUAUCCCAUUUCACUGAUUUUACUUUAUUUUCCCUCUGUGCAUUGUGAUGGGUGUGAAGAUAGUAUUUUAAUAUUUGUAUAAAGUUUAAUUUAAUUCUACAAUGUACGUGUGUAUAUAACUAUUUCUAAUAAAAGCUUUCUUUGGAAA